CCCGUGAUCUCCAUUGUUGAUUGUAGAAUUGACAAGAGAGAAAAGGCUGGAUACAGACUUGGAGUCACUAGCUUGGACGUUGGCUACUGUUCAAGAGUCGUGCGACUGAGCCAAGAAGCACCGUGCAUCACGGUCAUCACGCUCUGCCGAAACAAGGUCGCUCGUCCUGUCGGAACCCGUCCCACGCCCCUUCGAGGGUCUCAACCCUAAGACCAUCGCCAGCAUCAGCCAACAUGCCCUCCUACACCACAUCUCAGCGAAUCUCAAUCUCUCAAUUCAUAAGUUUCACCCAAGCGAAAGAGAGCAUCGCAGCCAAGUUUCUCAAAGCACACGACUGGAAUGUGGAGAGGGCGCUAGACUCGUAAGUUCAUCCUCGUGACUUCCAGUACCAACCCACAAUCUAUCUGCCUUUCGCAUGUACGCAUGUACGAGAUUGGAAGCCAGCAAGCCCUGCGUGCUCUGCUCACGACUAUAUCUUUUGUAACCCCCGCGAAACUCUGUUGUCUGUGAAUGACAUACGCCCUGGAUGUGUCGCAGAGUUCAACAACACCACCACCAACAACAACAACAACAACAAAGGAUCAGUGAUUCACAAUUCCCUGUGUUCCCUGUUUUGCAAAGGCUCGAGGCCACUCAUUGCCAAGCCACAUGUCUCGGGUGUCGUGCCUGCUACUUUUAUCAACCCUGAUCUUGCCCUCCUUCCUGCCUACAACCGUGGCCUGCAUCUGGGACAAAUUUUCUACAGGGAGUUUCCAACAGAAUCAGCACACCAAAGAUGCCUGGGAACAAGAAGCGCAAGCGCGACGAGGUCCAAACACCACUGGACCCUGCGCCACCCGCAAAGCAGGCAAAGAUCCCUAUCAACCGAACCAAACCCCCUGCCCCUUCCCAUCAGGAUCCAUCUGCGAAUCCAAGUCAAACCAGCGCCAUGAGAGACGGGCCUCCUACUCAUCGUGCCAAAGGCAAACCCCGAAAGCGAACGGCAAAAGGCAACGGAUUUUAUCAGAGCGGCUCCGGAAAUGCGACUGUAUCACCUAUCCAACAGAACCUGAGCAAACUCUUCGACCAAUAUCGUGACAACCCAGAAGACAGCCCAGAUAGUAUUGGUAUCGAUGGGGCUCAGCAGUAUCUGACAGAUCUGGGAGUAGAAUUGGAUGAAGUCGCACACCUCGGCAUCUGUGAUCUGUUGCAAUGUCCAUCCAUCGGCGAUUUUGAGCGAGAGACGUUCAUCUCGGGUUGGCGCAGCGUCUCAACGGGAGACAAACCCUACGACACGACAUCACGACAGGCUCAGUAUGUGGAACUUAUUCGCCGAAAGCUGGUCGCAGAUCCCGCCUUUUUCAAACAAGUCUACCGCAACGCGUUCAAACUUGCCAAACCAGACGGACAGCGAAGUGUCCCGGUCGAGUCCGCAGUCGACUUCUGGACCAUGUUUUUCUCGUCAGAAAAAGGAGGAAUUGAGUGGAAUACGGCCUCGACAAAAUGGUUGGAUCUAUGGACCGAGUUCUAUCAAUCCCAUUGCAAGCGACCAGUCAACAAGGACCUUUGGAACAUGGUGGGGGAGCUGGUUGCCAAAACCCGUGAGGCGAAUGGCGAAUCCUUGGAAUGGUGGAACGAGAAUGGUGCCUGGCCCAUGGCUAUCGACGAUUUUGUUUCCCAUGUCAAGGAACAGCGGAAGACGGCUGGCGAUAGCAUGGACACUAGCUGAGAGAGAUCUUGGAUGAUGAGAUGAUUCGAAGCAACUGUCACUGUGGUGCAAACAGCUACCUCCCCGUCAGUACAGAGUAUUGGGUUUAUUCGUCCAUCAUGAUUCAUGAGCCAUGACAUUGACGGCACUGGCGAUCACAUAGCAUUGGCAUUGGAAUUGGCAUUGUCAUGCCCUUGAUGUCACAGAAAACCAUCGAGUAAUCAAUUAAUUAGUUGAAGCAAA